AGAUGUGAGGGCAGUACCAACCAGAAAGGCAAAUGUCUCUUUGAGGAUUAUGAGGGAAUUUGAGCCUGAGUAUGAAAAUAUGAACUCCACCAAGUCACAAAUAUUAAUCAAAACUUUGAUUAAGGAGCUUAGUGCUCUCUGCAGGAGAGCAGAUCCACACAAUUUUAAAGAUGUAAAAGUCAUUAAUCUAAAACCUGGAAGUAUUGUUGCAGAGAGCAUAGCGGAAUACACCUAUCCCAACAAUGCAUCCCAAAUGUAUUUCCUUAACAAUGAACUGGAACCCACACUUAGGAAUAUCUUGAACAACACAGAUAACCUAAUGAACAUCAGUCAAGCCUUUGAAAAUGUGGGAAUCCAGGUUACCAACAUUACCUUCCAACCGACGGAAAUACGGAAUAUCACAGAUUUGAGGCCAUUUGUGACCUGUCGUCUGAGUUUUGCAAACUACACAGAAGAGCUCUCUGAUGGCAGCUGGAAAUGUGUAGGGCCUUGUAAACAGUACCCAGACUACUGUCAUAGACACGGAGAAUGCUUUAAUGUUCAAAGUGGACCUAUUUGUCAGUGCUAUGAGUCUUCCCUGGAGCAGUAUCAUGGACCCCAGUGUGAGCUCUUCCGCAGGGGAAGAGGUUUCUAUGCUGCACUCUUUGGUGCACUGGGGGCAGGCAUCCUCCUCAUACUUGUUCUCAUCGUGGUUAUCGUGGUCCUGCGAAGGAACCAUGGGGAACUUUGGAACAGUGACAAGCCACCUGCCAGAAGACUGAUGUUUCUCAAUGAGGACUUUUUUGACUUCACACAAAGAGACCUUGGUCCAUACCAUGGCAGUUCACCAGUCUACACAAACACUGAUUUAGCUGACAAAGGCAGCCCAGGAGUAUUCAGGCCACAUCUUGACACAACAUAAAAUGUGAGUACAUUAACAGAUGUUAUACUGUAAGUUCUGUUGUUUCAUGUCUUUUAUAUUUGUCAGAUCUUACAAUCUUUGCUAUUAAUUAUAAAUGACAUGUAGUAAUAAGAGUGGCAGUGAAUUUAAAAUAUAGUAUCUACACUAACAGACACACCUCUCUAUAUGCUACAAUAACAAGUAUUUACAUGUCAUUACUUUUCACAGUCUAUUAAGAGCACCAGCUGUUUAUGAUUCUCUAUUUUAAUGAAUACUAAUGUUUACAUUUUAAUUGGUAUGAUUUCCCAAAAUGUUCUCAGGUGAAGACACAACGGCCAACAAUAAUAGAUUUUCUUCAAAAUAACACUGAAUAAAGUAUUCGAGCUGCCUAAAAUGUUUGCUCAGUUACCAUAAAUAAUCAUUAUUUUAUAAUAUGCAUAAUCAUUGUGAAUCAAAUUGUUUUUGUACUGCAGCUAUUUUAGUGGAAUUCAGAAGCAUAAGGCUUCACACUACUGUCAUUUUAGGACUUGAUAGAUAAAUAGAAUGAGAUCUUGAUUAACAAUUUCCUGGCAUUAAAGACUACCCUGUAUGAUUGUUAAAUGUGUAUGUUACAUCUGUUGACUAAGUGCAAAAUGUAACUUCUGGGCUUUGGGUUCACAUAUAUUUUUAAAUAAACGGUGAGAGGAUCAUCUGCAUCCUUUUCUUCCAUUCUUCACAUCUUUAAAUGGAAUGUAAUAUUUUCAUAUUUAUCUAAUAUCAUGUGGCAAUUACAACCUAUGUGCGCUAGGGGGAGCACACAUCCUUUUUUCUAAUGACAACUGCAUGUGCUUUCAGAAAGUUAGGUAAGAGCAUGAGGAAUACAAUAACAGUAUGACAAAGAACACAAAUAAAAACAGUUUCUCUUUGAACAUGUUCGCAAUAAUGUCAUGCAACAGGUUCAGUUCACAUCAUGCAAUGUUCAGUAGCAUGACAUUUUGCAUUAUUGCCAAUGUUCAAAGAGCUGUUGCUUUAAUUCACUCUGGGCAUUACUGCUGAUAGCCAACAGAGUAUUGAAGUAGAGGGACAGGUAGCAUUUUGUGCCAUCUGUGCCAGCACUGCCAAUGUGAUGCAUUCUCUGGGCUCCUAUACUGUAUCCAAUCUGAGGCAUCAUUCAAGCUUUUGAAUCCUGUUUAUUCCUUUGAUCAUGUUGUUUCAGUUUUGUACAGACAUAGAUAAAAGCCUAUGCUUCAAACAUUAAGAUUUUUGUAUCUAAAACACUACAACAUUCGAUGGAUUCUUUUAAAAUCAAUUAUGUUUUAUUUGACCCCUCCCUCUCAUCGAUAGAAAACAGCCAUAUGUUGUCUCUACCACAGACUAUAUCCAGACAUUUCUGAUCUUGCUGCAGACUUGUGUUGGAGGACAUCUAGACAUUGCAAGCACACUGCAAUAUUUGUCACAGACAUCUGCAGGCGAAACAGCAAAGGUUAUAUAAUAAUUAAGAGGCAAUACCCAUAAUGAGGAUAAUAAUAGCAGCCAUAAAAAGUGGGAGAUUGUUCCAUUGGGUAAAUCUCACACUUUGUCAGCCUUGAGGUGAAACAUGGUUAAAAAAAAAUGAACAGUGAAAUGUGCACCCCCUGUGUGCAUGUUCCUGUCAUGUUUCUGUUUGUGUGAUGUGUCUUGUGGUUAAUGUAAGCACGCAAGUUUUUCUUGCAUGAAUUCACAAAUGCGUCGCAUAGACCAGAUUCAUUAUUGCUCUGUUUGUUUGGUCUUGAUUUUGUGUAGUUGCUCUUUACUGUCCCCAUUUGGGACCACCAUUUAAAUAGAUAGCCCUUGUCACAGUCUGUUGCCAUGGCCACCGUCCAUGCUGUCACCUAGCAGCUCACCUGAGCGAGAGCCAGGUGAAAGAGCUGGCAGGUGGCCUAGAUCACACUGCUGCCUUUUGUUCCUCUCAGAUGACACAGCACAAUCACUGUCAAUAGACCAGAAUACUAAAUGCUAACAGCAAAAAUGAAUGGUAAUUUAUGAGCUGCCCUUUCCAGAGACAAUAAGGAAUGUAGUGUAUAUAAGAAUAAUGUUGAGCAGGUGACCACACCCUAUAUUGGAUUUGGCUAAUGAUUUCAGUCCUGCUCUGUGUGCAUAGCUGUCCUAUAGUAUAACUGAGUGACUGCACUGACAAAUAUUUUCAAAUAAGAAGAUAACUUUUCCAGUCAUCAUUCAAGCUAUGGACACAGUUAAACAGGACAACAUGAAGCAGUGAAGAACCAGCUUACCUGGCCUCUUUGAGUUGCUCAACAAGUAGCCAGGGGGGAGAGUCAUGCUUACAACCAGGAAGGGGAACGUAAUGUAUACCUGUCUGUCUGAAUAAGUCACUCUGCUGUGUGUUUGGACUGCAGCCAGCUGUAAUGAGGCGCUGCAUGAGGGUGUGUGGGGGGGGGGGUGAUAAAACAGGCCAAACAGCUGAAUCAGAGUUCAUCUCACACCAUUCAACACAUGCAACAAACACAGAAUACAGAACAAAGGCAGAUUUAUAAAUACAGUUGAAGUCGGAAGUUUACAUACACUUAGGUUGGAGUCAUUAAAACUCGUUUUUCAACCACUCCACAAAUUUCUUGUUAACAAACUAUAGUUUUGGCAUGUCGGUUAGGACAUCUACCUUUUUAGUAAUUUCUAGUAAUUUUUCCAAGAAUUGUUUACAGACAGAUUAUUUCACUUAUAAUUCACUGUAUCACAAUUCCAGUGGGUCAGAAGCUUACAUACAC